AUCUUGAAGUUGCUAUAGCUGCUGUGUAGACUGAGGACCUCUCUGGUUCUCUCAGGACUGUAAGAUUCCCAGACCAGCUUGCUUUCUCACAAUUUCUGGAGGUGUCUGAAGAAGUUUCCAUCUCAGUGUAAAGAUAGAUGGACAAUGGUUACUGGUUGAUGAUACCAAAAUAAGUAGAUCUAUCCAAAAAGAGAUUCGUAGGAAGAUGAGAAGAGACUCAACAGCUACAGGUUGUAUUCUUUAACCAAAGAAAAAGAUCCCUGUUGAACCAGUGUGCUCCAGCUACCUGCUUUCUUUGAUUCCAGCAUGCCUGGGUUACAGACAGACAUUGCCCUUAUUUGUGGUGCCACAGAAGAUUUCAAUAUCUCCCAGUGCCUUUGGUCAUGCUGGAUAUGAACAUUACUCUGGUCAGUGAGUUUAUCCUGGUGGGCUUCCCUACAGCCCCUUGGCUACAGGUCCUCCUAUUCUUCAUUUUUCUUGUAGUCUAUAUGUUGAUUAUAGCAGAAAAUCUUGUAAUUAUAUUCACCGUCUGGUCCACUGGCUCCCUCCACAAGCCCAUGUACUAUUUCUUAAGUAGUAUGUCCUUUUUAGAGAUCUGGUAUGUCUCUGUCACAGUCCCCAAGAUGCUAGAUGGAUUCCUCCUGCAGAGACGGCACAUCUCCUUCACAGGCUGUAUGACUCAGCUCUACUUCUUUAUCUCACUUGCCUGCACAGAGUGUGUGCUCCUGGCAGCUAUGGCCUAUGACCGCUAUGUGGCCAUCUGCCACCCUCUUCGAUAUCCAGUCAUCAUGACCACAGUUUACUGCAUGCAGCUAAUGGCCCUUUCCUAUUUUAGUGGUUUCAUGGUCUCUGUUGUCAAAGUCUAUUUCAUUUCACACGUUGCUUUCUGUGGCUCCAAUGUCAUGAACCACUUCUUCUGUGAUAUCUCACCAAUCCUCAAAUUGGCAUGCAAAGAUAUGUCCACAGCUGAGCUAGUAGACUUUGCUUUGGCUAUUGUUAUUCUUGUCUUCCCUCUUAUCACCACUGUCCUCUCCUAUGUCUACAUAGUGUCUACCAUUCUGCGCAUACCCUCCACCCAGGGAAGAAAGAAGGCCUUCUCUACCUGUGCCUCUCAUCUCACUGUGGUCAUAAUUUAUUACACAGCCAUGAUUUUCAUGUACGUCCGACCCAGGGCUAUUGCAUCUUUUAAUUCCAAUAAACUCAUUUCAGCUGUGUAUGCUGUCCUCACACCCAUGCUAAAUCCUUUCAUCUACUGCCUAAGGAACCAGGAAGUCAAGGAUGCAAUCAAGAAGACUCUGAGAGGUGGCCAGUGCUUCCUGCUCUGCUGAUCCCUUUGCCCCAAGAAAAAGACAUUGCCC